AUUGUAGAUCUAUAGAUACUCCAUGCUUUCUUAUAUGACCUGAAAUAACAUUUUUGUUUCAAGCCGUGGGCGUAAAAUUCAUCAUAAUCAGAACAAAGAAGAGGGAUUCCUGCUGUCAUCUGGAGGCUGUAUGUCGAAUCUCUACGCCCCUUGAAUUUGGAUGCCAUUCCAGUUGGAGGUUGCGGUACACCCCGAGGACUAGAUGCGAUAACCAGAACGAGAUAUGCCGCAGCCGAAAUCACGAAAAAUCGCCAUCCUCGGGUACAGAUCCGUAGGAAAGUCUUCCUUGACAAUUCAGUUUGUGGAAGGCCAGUUUGUUGACUCCUAUGACCCAACAAUAGAAAACACAUUUACUAAAAUGAUCACAAUAAAUGGACAAGAGUACCAUCUUCAGCUGGUAGACACAGCAGGACAGGAUGAGUACUCUAUCUUCCCACAGACCUACUCCAUAGAUAUCAACGGUUACAUUCUGGUCUAUUCAGUCACAUCUAAUAAAAGCUUUGAAGUUGUACAAGUAAUCCAUGAAAAACUAUUGGACAUGGUGGGAAAAGUUCAAGUACCAAUUAUGCUCGUCGGAAACAAGAACGACCUACAUAUGGAGCGAGUAAUCAGUUGUGAAGAAGGAAAAGCAUUAGCCGAAUCCUGGAACGCUGCCUUCAUGGAGUCCUCAGCUAAAGAGAACCAGACUGCCGUGGAGGUUUUCCGAAGGAUGAUCCUGGAGGCAGAGAAGAUGGACGGUGGCGUGCAGCCAGGAAAAUCAUCCUGCUCCAUGAUGUAGAGCCGCCCAAUCAACACACAGGACACUGCACUGGGAUAUCCCGUUACUUGAAGGCUAGCUGCCAGUUCUCCUUCACCUCAGCUGACUCCACCCCUCCAGGGUCCUAAAUAUCCAAUACUAUUUAUGGCUCUGAUUCCACUGUUAUUUAUCCAACCCUUUAUAUACCCUUUUGUCAUCCUAGUUUUUCUUUGUGUGUUUGAUAAAAAAAAAAGAUGAGUGGUGGUUCCCUUGUCUUAUAUUUUCCACAAUCCACCUCUCCUCCAUCUCUGUGCUCGGCACUAGGGUUGGGCGAUAUGGGUAUAUAAUGUGAUGGUAGAAAUGUGUCCACCGGACUGAGAUUUGACAAUACCAUUUCCAUCACGGGAGCUGUCCCUUAGUGUCUCUGCUAUAUAUUUGGGGAAGGCUAUGUAGCAAAUCUCGUGAUUUCACGAUUCUUGCAUGAUCUUGUGACCUUGCAGAUCCAGCUGCCAAGGUAACAUAAUUUCAAGAUCAAGAUAACUUUAUUGUCAUUCAGACUAUAGACAAAAGAGCACAGUAGAAUGAAGUUACGUUGCAUCUGGCCCACACACGUACUUGAAAAACACUAUAAGAACUGACAAAGUUCUUGGGCAGCGGGACUGCUUACCACGUUCUCAGCAACAGUUGGUGGCGGUAAUGCACCUCUAAGCUGGUUUGACAUCUGCCACAGAAGAAGAGAGCGUUGAGAAAACGUGGAGGAGGAGAUAGAAAUUGUAAAUACGGAGCAGAAGGAGUUUUUAUUUGCAUGGAAGUUCCAAAUAAAAGACCAAAAUAAUCUAAUGUGAUGAAGUACAGUAUGGUAUGGUUAUUUUAAACCAUUUCUUCAGUGAAUUAACAGAACAAUUAUUGUAUUGUGAUAUAUACCGUUACCGUGAUAUAAAAUUACAUAUACCGUGAUGGAUGAUUUUGGCCAUAUCGCCCACCCCUACUCUACACUGAUGCAAAACACACAGAACAUCAUUUGGGUGUAUCAGAAAAAAUGUUUUCCUCUGCUCGGUAAUGACGACAACCAUAAAAAAGGCCGGAGAUAGUAGUGGCUUGAUGCAUCUUAGCUUUUCAUUAUGCAGCUCCCAUGUAGGCUACGAGCCCGUCUCUGUUUAAAUAACAAGAGAUAAGAGAAAUGUCAUGUCUGCCAUGCAUAAUGCUCUGAAAAUGGAUAAGUAAACACGGACAUUUCUUCUGAUACAUCGCCGGCUGUUUGGUCUCUCCAAUAUACAGCUCUUUUUCUACUUCAUCUCCACGCAGUACCCACAUCUCUGUCCCUCAGUUUGUUUUCAUAGCAGUUACUGUCAGCCAAAAGAUCUGCAUCCAUUUUCUAAUGUUGAAAAUGUACAAAUGUUUUUGAUUGUAAUCAUUAAAGCAAAAAGUGGUUAUGUAAA